AUGACACGACGGACCAGCGACGUUGCUUCUGCGGGCUUCAGUCCUACGACGUGGACGACAGACGCGUUACCUCCCGUUGAGCUGUCGACUGAUCAACGGGAGAAAUACCGACUGCUUGCAACUCAAUUGCUCUCAAACACACUCCGGGAUUAUGACAUUUACUCUGCCGAUCCGAGACAACGGCCCAUGAGUCGACGGCGAUGGAAACCCGUGAAGACCAGAGAUCACAUCACCGUGUAUAAGGAGCGCUAUCCGACGCCGAGCUCUCUGGCAUCUACAGACCACCUUUCUGGUCCGCCGUCACGAACUAGUCGGGCCAGUCUAGCAGACCGCGUGUCCAUGGCCUUCCGUAGCAACGAGUGGACAGAGCCCAAGCUACUCGUGGCCGCAGGUUGGGUAGAAGGCACGCUCGACGACGUCAUGUACGGCGUCUCCUCGCCCGAUGCACAGAGCAUGUUAAUGAAAGCAACAGUAGUCAAGAACGCACUAAUCAAUGGCGCGGUACUAGCCUGCAUCGACGCGCCUUGCGACGCUGACCCGUUCCGAUUUCUUGGCAUUAAAUGGUUCGUGAAAGGCCCUCCGACAGGUCUCCAGGGCAUCGUGAAGCCUCGAGACUUGGUGUUUAUUGAAGCUACAGGGAUCACAACCCGACCUAAUGGUGAGCGCAUUGGCUACCAGCUUCUCCACUCGGUGGAUCUGCCUCAGUAUCGUGACAUGGAGCCGCGUUCUGGGGUCGAAGUGACGCGCGGUCGAAUCUCAAGCUGCUCAAUAUUCAGGGAAGUACCCGCAGGACUUGGAAGCAGACAUUCCAAAGUCGACGUGUACGUCAAGGGAUAUGUAGAGGCGCACGGGAAGCUGCUGGACUCAGUGGCUCUUACCGCCGCUUCAACAGGUCUGAUGAGCUCCUGGAACUCUGUAGAGUGUGCGAACCUCAAGAAACUCAUGUGGUGCUUCCGCCAGCAGCCUGACUGGGGAUGUGGCCGACCACUACACCUAAGCGGUGCGAUCUCCUGCGCGCUGUGUCAUCAAAGCACUUGCUCUCGCUGUCGAGUGUCUCGGACACUUAAAGAGGUGAACGGGGAGCUGUGGCUGCGUCAAGAAGACGUGCUCAUCUGCAAACGCUGUGUCCUUCAAGUCGACAAUCUCGCGGCUGUGGACGUCGCGCGAGCGGAAAGCUUCGCCAGCACAGGUGUGACAACCGACACAGGUGCGAGCAAUACGACGCUGCCAACAGAAGAAGAAUACUCACUCUCUGUGCUGUCACCGACUACAGAUCAACCCAUCGACUCGUUCCGCGGCUUGGAACUUCAACCUGAAAUUGAUGAACAAAGUGACGAGCACCAAGAAGAGAAGGAGAAUGUACCGCUGUCAGACCGCGAGCGUCGAGAACAAAUCUGGUCGCAGAUAGUGGAGCUGCGCAUGGUGGCCGAGUCCAUCUACCAACUCACUUUAGAGACCUCCGAGUCGCUCAAUACCCCACAACGGACCCACAGAUGA